AUGGGCCGUUCAGUGCGAGAGAUCGUCCACCUUCAGACCGGUCAAUGUGGUAACCAGAUUGGUGCCAAGUUCUGGGAAGUCGUCUCUGAGGAGCACGGCAUCCAGGCCGAUGGUUCCUACAAGGGUACCACCGACAGCCAGCUCGAGCGAAUCAACGUCUACUACAACGAGGCCGCUGCCGGCAAGUACGUGCCCCGUGCGGUCCUCAUUGACCUCGAGCCCGGAACCAUGGACUCCAUCCGAGGUGGUCCCUUGGGAAGCCUCUUCAGGCCCGACAACUUCGUCUUUGGUCAGUCCGGUGCCGGUAACAACUGGGCUAAGGGUCACUACACUGAAGGUGCUGAGCUUGUCGACUCUGUUCUCGACGUCGUCCGACGAGAGGCUGAAGGCUGUGACGCCCUCCAAGGUUUCCAGAUCACCCACUCUCUUGGUGGUGGUACCGGUGCCGGUAUGGGUACGCUCUUGAUCUCCAAGAUCCGAGAAGAGUUCCCCGACCGAAUGAUGUGCACUUUCUCCGUCAUUCCUUCUCCCAAGGUUUCCGACACCGUUGUUGAGCCUUACAACGCCACCCUCUCCGUCCACCAGCUUGUUGAGAACUCUGACGAGACCUUCUGUAUCGACAACGAAGCUCUUUACGACAUUUGCUCUCGUACUCUCAAGUUGAACACCCCUACCUACGGUGACCUCAACCACCUCGUCUCCGUCGUCAUGUCUGGUGUCACCACCUGUCUUCGAUUCCCCGGUCAGCUCAAUUCUGACUUGCGAAAGUUGGCCGUCAACAUGGUGCCCUUCCCUCGUCUCCAUUUCUUCAUGGUCGGCUUUGCUCCUCUUACCGCUCGGGGUUCCGCCAGCUACCGAGCUGUAUCUGUUCCUGAGCUCACUCAGCAGAUGUUUGACGCCAAGAACAUGAUGGCUGCCUCUGACCCCCGUCACGGUCGAUACCUCACUGUUGCCUGCUACUACCGAGGCAAAGUCUCUAUGAAGGAGGUUGAGGACCAGAUCCAGUCCGUCCAGGUCAAGAACUCUGCCUACUUUGUCGAGUGGAUCCCCGGAAACAUCUCCGCCGCUCAAUGUGACAUUCCUCCUCGUGGUCUCAAGAUGUCCUCUACCUUCAUCUGCAACUCCACCUCUAUCCAAUCGCUCUUCAAGCGAAUCGGUGACCAGUUCUCUGCCAUGUACAGGCGAAAGGCUUUCGUCCACUGGUACACUGGUGAGGGUAUGGAUGAGCUCGAAUUCUCCGAGGCCGAAUCCAAUUUGCAAGACUUGGUCUCCGAGUACAUGCAAUACCAGGAGGCUGGUGCCGAUGACGAGAUCUACGGUGACGAGGAGAUCCCCAUCGAGGAGGAGGAGAUGUAA